AUGACCAAACCCCUUCCAUCUCGUCAUCUCUCUGGCAACCGUUCAACUCAAUUGACCCCUGUGCUAAUUCGAAAUGACCGGCCAGAUAACGAUGAUGUCAAUCAUCAAGGUGUGCUGCAGUGUUCGGUAAUGAGUGUUUGCGUGACCCAUACAAGGCUUCUUCGCGCAAAUCCUCAUCACUGGGUAGGUAGCAUACGANGAGGCAGUCGGCAAUCACUUUUCUGGAUUAGACGCAAACAGCUGUUAGGGAGGUUGAGGAUGUGA